UCUCUGAUAUUCUGCCGCCUUUGGUUUUAGUAUGCUCUGCUGUCAAACUUCAGUGAGUUCGCUCUGCUCUUCGCUCUGGUCUAUACGGGGAGAGAGUGUAUCCUCCGCCGCGUAACUAUCCCAGGUAUGUAUUGGCAGAUUUGCUGCCCCAAACCCGGUCACUAGAUUUUCAAAAUCCAAUUGGAUUCCUCAAACUCCGCAAAAACAGCUAAACCCAAAACAAACAAACAAAAGAACCAACAAAUCCCUCAACUAGUUAGCACUGUCAUCUGAUAUCUACACACUCUCACAUAGUUGUUAAAGCGUAACAAGAGUCCUCGAAGAAUCAAUUUGCUACUUAGAAAUCGGCUAUGGAAGGUGGAAAUGAUGGUGGUGGAACAAGAAUUGUACCAGAAUCAGUCAUGGAGGCAGUCAAGAGAACCUCAAUCAACAUUGAGGAAGUUGGGAUCUUUUUUGACGAUUUCCUGUCCCUCUGUGACAAUGAUGUCUUGUCCCAGAUGAACCCUCUUGAAAGGGCUCAGUCCCUUCUCUUGCUUGCCAAAAUUACCACGACCCUUUUCACUUUGAGGUUGAGAUGCAAUGGAGUGAACCCAGAUGAGCACGCUGUCAAGUCAGAGCAUGAGAGGUUGAGCUUGUACCAGGAAAAAGUUCAGCGGUGUAUAGAGUUGAGUAAAGCGCCACUGCAUCCUUCAGCCACCAUAAAUGCCCAAGCAGCGACCCGCUUCAUUGAGCAUUCUUUGCCUGAUCUCACCAGGGAGCAGAAGCAAAGCAUGAGGGAGAUCAGUAGAAGACAGGGUACUACAAUAAAGCAUUCUGAAAGAAGUGUGCAUAAGAAGAGAAAGUAUGGGUCACCAGAGAAGCAACCUGUUCAAACUGCUGCCAAAGAAUUCCUUGAGAAGGCAGCUCGUGAGCUUCUUGGUGAUAAUAAAGGCAGUUUAAAGGGUCCUGUACAACUUGAGGAUUCAGAUGCAGAGAUAGAUGAGCUUUUUGGUGACUGUAGAACUGAUAGAAAUGAACCUGUACUCAUUGAUGAUUCAGAUGAUGAUGGCCAACAUGUCAAUUGACAUUCUGGAUUACAUGAACAUUGAAGUUUCUGGGGGCUUUUCUUCAAUUAGGGGAUGCUUCUUGCACAUAUUUCAUAUGUUGCAGUCACCUGCCUAACUUCUCCUAGCUUGGGGAAGAACCAAUAUAGUUGAAUCUUUAAAUGCACUCAGGCUCUUGGAGUGUUUUCAUCCCAAAUUUCUCCUUUGAAGUUAUAACGGAAAUGCACUGCCACUUAAGCAGGGAGUAAAUUUUAGAGACUUUAGAACUUAGUUUUAGACGAUUGUGUCUUUUUAACAAGCUGAUUAUGUAAAGUGGGGAAUUUUAAACUUCCCUAGUUGUUUGUACAUUAUGCGUAUUGACUCUGCAGUAGAUUGUUUGGGAUUCUUCUCCUA